AUGCCACGAGAAGCUGAGCCAUCAAUUAGCGAAAAGACCUUCGUCAUACAGGCGCUGGCCGAGGGGCUACGUCUGGACAACCGCAAGUUUGAACAAUAUAGGUCACUGAAUGUUACAUUCGGCGAUGAGUAUGGCAUCGCAGAAGUCCAAGUCGGAAAGACAAAAGUCCUAGCCAAAGUAUCAGCAGAAGUCACGGUACCUUUCUCAGAUCGUCCGUUUGACGGCGUCUUCACCAUUGCCUCUGAGCUGAGCCCCAUGGUCGCGCCCUCUUUCGAGGUGAACCGGCCGACAGAAACCGAAGUAGUUCUGUCGCGGCUGCUUGAAAAGACGAUCCGCCGCUCCGGCGCCCUCGAUACCGAGUCGCUGUGCCUCGUCGCUGCCCAAAAGUGCUGGUCCAUCCGCGCCGACCUACACGUUCUCGCGCACGACGGCAACCUUCUCGACGCCUCGUGCCUGGCCGUCAUCGCCGCUCUGCGCCACUUUCGCAAGCCCGAGACGACCAUGGAGGGCGGUGUGCUGACCGUGUACACGCCCGCCGAGCGCGAGCCCGUGCCGCUGAGCUGGCUGCACUCCCCCUUUUGCGUCACGUUUAGCUUCUUUGGAGAGGAGGGUGACGGCGAUGACACGACGGUGCUCCUCGACACGACAUGGCUGGAGGAGCAGCUGCGCACAAGCAGCUGCACGUUUAGCAUGAAUAAGCACGGCGAAAUUUGCCAGGUUUCCAAGCUGGGUGGCGCCGCGGUGGACGCGCCGCUAUUUGUGAAGUGCGCGCAGACGGCGCUCAACAAGAGCAAGGAGUUUACAGACUUACUGGAUAGGAAACUGGCGGAGGACGCAAAGCGGAGGGACAAGGGCGGCUUGAUGGCCGAGCUGACGGCGGAAAAUGAUAGAUGA